AAAAAAAAAAAAAAAAAAAAGAACUAGUGUUUUCCCAAUUUUGCCCACCCCCACCCCCUAUUUAUCCCUCACCUCACCCUUCUCCAUUUCCACACAAAAAAUUUUCCACCGUUUUUCACUCUCUCUCAAGAAAGGUUUCUUUUAUUUCCUCUACAAUAUUUCAGUCUAAAUUAAAGUACCCACUUAAGGAUUUUUUAGAUUUCUUGAGCAAAUAUACAUUUAUUCUAUGUACGACGCAAAAAUGGCGGCAAAUCUUGUGGUAUUCAUCAUGGCCAUAGGAUUUCCCUCCAUGGGCUUGUUUGCUCAUGGAUAUGGUGAGGGUUGGUCGGACGCUCAUGCCACUUUCUAUGGAGGAGGAGAUGCCUCUGGCACAAUGGGCGGGGCAUGCGGGUACGGAAACUUGUACAGCCAAGGGUACGGGACGAACACGGCGGCGCUGAGCACGGCGCUGUUCAACAACGGGAUGAGCUGCGGAGCGUGCUUUGAGAUAAAGUGCGUGAGUGAUCCAAAGUGGUGCCUGCCGGGGUCCGUUGUGGUGACGGCAACCAACUUUUGCCCCCCAAACAACGCCCUCCCCAACAACGCCGGCGGGUGGUGCAAUCCUCCCCAGCAGCAUUUUGAUCUCUCUCAGCCAGUCUUCCAGCAGAUUGCUCAGUACCGAGCUGGGAUUGUCCCUAUCUCUUACAGAAGGGUCCCAUGCCGAAAAAGAGGUGGCAUAAGAUUCACAAUCAACGGCCAUUCAUACUUCAAUCUGGUGCUGAUCACCAACGUUGGAGGAGCUGGUGAUGUGCAUACCGUUUCAAUCAAAGGGUCCAGAACUGGCUGGCAACCAAUGUCAAGAAACUGGGGGCAAAAUUGGCAAAGCAACUCUUACCUAAAUGGACAAAGCCUCUCAUUUAAGGUCACCACUAGUGAUGGAAGAACUAUUGUCUCUAACAAUGUUGUCCCUGCUGGGUGGUCCUUUGGCCAAACCUUUACUGGCCAACAAUUCCCUUGAACAAAGUAAUUAAUUAAUAAAUAAACCCCACAAAAAAUUCAACCAAAAAAACAUAAAAAAAAAGAAAGAAAAUUACCCAGUUAAUAAUUGAAUUGGGAUUUAGUUUUGGAGAGUAUUGGGUGUUGUGUAAGAGUCACUUUGGUAGUUUUAGUUUUUAUUAGGGUCAAAAUUAUAAUGAGAAGGGCUUAUUUUAAUAUU